GUGAUCAUAUAGAUCGGCGUAGCAGUUGAUGCAUAGUUGCAAAGUCAUACUCGCAAGCGCAACGUUCCCCAGUGAUUUUCUAGGCUAACAAGACGUACCAUAUUCCGGCAUUAACCCCAACAAAACAACAAUGAAGCUUCUUAAUAAUUUGGAAGAAUUUAAGGCAGCAGUGGCUGCAACAAGCAACGGGAAGAUUCUUGUCAUUGACUUCUAUGCGGAAUGGUGUGGCCCUUGCAAAAAAAUAGCUCCCUGUCUGGAGAAGCUUGCAGAGAAAUAUAAAGAUAAAGCAGAUGUCUAUAAAGUCAAUGUGGAUGAUGCUGAUGAUAUUGCAGCACAUUGCAAGAUCAGUGCAAUGCCCACAUUCCAUGUUUACAAGAAUGGAAAAGAGGAAAAGGCAUGUGAACUUGUUGGAGCAUCAGAGGAAAAGCUGAAGGGAUUAUUUGAUGACAAUUGCUAAUAUUCAGAAUGUUUUACUUAUUAUUAUUCUUACAGUUUGUCUAGUCCAGGAAACAAGCACAAUUUAAAUAAAUGAUAAUGUACAAAGCAAAAGCUGCUAUAAAUUGAAACAUAUUUUACUAAGUGCAUCAUGCUUAAGGUGUGUCUUUCUAAUAAUUUAGAUAAACAUUAGAGAUAUGAUAAGGUUUGGGCACCUUACAGUUCUUAAAAAAAUUGUGUUUUUAAUUGUUCAUUAGUUUAACAACCUUGAUUCUUGACGGACAAAAUACAGCACACACUAGCUGCUGACCUUGAGCACUUUGGAUUUCCUUCUCUACAAUGUCAUAUUAAGUCAGAUUUCUCUCUCAAUUGCCUUUAUCAGUUGUACAAGAGUUUUGUUGGUUAGCCUUCUUUAUGGUGUUUGCCAUUGUUAAAUUUUUGUAUACAACCCAGGGACUAAAUAAUUUUUUAUGUGAUGUAACAUUUUUUUCUAUGCACCAAAAAUAAAAGCACAUGCUCUGAAA